AUCCAUUUUUUACCCUCACAGAUUUGAUAUCAUGGCAUCAUGCUGGAAUGCUAUGCCCGAAGGUCGACCUAACUUUUCACUCAUCAUCGCCAGCCUUGAAAGGAGACUCAAGGAUGAUGACGUGGCGACCCGGGGGUUACCUGUCUUCUACGUGUCCCCAAUCGUCAACACCCGGAGCCCCAGACUGACCGAGCGUCCAUCUUUCAACUCGCCCCACCCGAAAACUGGGGCGUCCCGGGGGGUGAUCCACCCCAGCGAGAACACCCUGAGCCCCCACACGGCCAGUGACGGCUACCUGGAGCCUCUCCUGACGCUCAGCUCUCGGGAGGUCCUGCACGACACCGCUCACAAGACCCCCAGUGACACCGGCUCCAGGAGAGGCAACACCAAGUUCCACCAGAAGGAACCUGAGUUCUCCAAGUCUGAACAUCUUAUAGACAGCACCAAAUCCAGCGUCAAAUCUCGCACCCCGCGGGUUUUCUACAAACCUGGAACCAACCCCGCCCAUUCCCCGGCAGACCCCGCCCACGAAGCCUUGCUCCACUCACAGUCCACCCCGGAGAACAUUGCCCAGGUGGAGGAGUGCGUCGCCCUUAGCAACGGCGACAGGCAGGACAGCAAUACCAAGCUAAGUGACAGCGGUUGUGACAGCGAAUCAUGUGAUGUGUCCAGCGAUAUCAAAGACUUUAACGCUACGGACGAUUUGAAAACGGUGGACGUGGUCGAGCUGCCGGAACUGAACCCUAAGAGAAAGUCGUACACACAUUUUCCCCGGGCCUCGUCACAGCACUGAUUACAUAACAUAGCACUGGUUGUGUUACAGUAGUGAUUACACGACAUAACACUGGUUAUACGACAUAGCACUGAUUACAUGAUGUCAUGCUGAUUUAUCCCAACACCCUACUAAAUACACAACGGAGUAGCUAACUAAUACCCACUGAUGUUUCUAUUUCUGUACAUUGUUUUUGUGUGGGUUCAUCGCAUGAACAACAUGACUGAAAUGUGUUAGAAUGUCAACAUUGAACUUUUACGACAAGUAGGACACAUUCUGCAAUGUCAGUUUCAGGAUGUUUGCUCUUCAAUGUCGUAAAAAUUAGAAUCUAUUGGUCUAACUUUCACUUCAUCUAAUUUAGGUCUCAUAUUUAGAAAAGCAAAACGAAACGAAAAUGUCCCCUGUCUCAUUGAGUCAAGUCUAGUGGCCAGUUGUGUGUUUUUACCCGUCAUUUGGGACAAAAAUCCAUCACCCUUUGGUUUGAUCAAUUUAAAUAUGUUGACUCAACCUUGUGGAAGCAGACGAAUCGAGUAACCAAAACAUGUUGAAAUUACAGGGUUAAGUCCCGUUAAGUGCUUUCAACUUUAAACAUUUUUUUUUAAAUUUAAAAGAUAAUUUUUUGCAUCAGUUAAUAAACCGUUAAAUAAAUUGAACUUUAAAAAAAAAUAUCGACCCAGCAAAAUCUUAAAAUAAAUUCAGCCAUUAUUACAUUAACUUGUAGGCCUAAAAAAAAAAAAAGAAUUGUCUCAUUUUGUAGCCUCAACGUUUGUUACCAGGCCUCUGUUAUUUAACUAUUGAGGACCAAAAGUUACUGAAAUCAGCACAGGCAUUGGUACUGAGGUCUCUGACACGUAGGCUACUAAUUAAAACGCAAAAUAUAGGCCCAAAAAUGUUUAUAUAUAAUAUUCUAAUACUGUUACUAAGCAAUCAGUUGAAUUGUUAUUGGCUUUAUCUUUACCAUUUGAAGUGUCAUAUCAUUUGUGAUAAUGUUUUAGCGUACUGUAACAUUAAAAUAUUAUUUAUAGCCUUUUAUUUUAUAUAAUUUUUUAUACACUGAUUUCCUCAUGAAAUGUUGCUCAUGUUUUAUUUAUUUUAGUUAAUAAUUGCAUAAUUCAGUAAGUAAUAAUUAAUAUUUUUUGUUUAAAAUUGUGACAUUUUUACUGCACAGAUUUAUAAAUAUAUUUCCGCUCACAUUUUUUAUUUUAAAUGUGUUUUUUCUAUUGUAUAAUAAAGCUAUUAAUUUAUGAAUAGACCUCAUUAACUAAAGCAAACAUGUUAAAUAAUAUU